AUGUUUGGCGGCGCGAAAGGCGGCCAUUUUGGAGUCCCCCCUGCUGGCGGCGGCGGCGGAGGAGGCGGCGUCUCCCGGGCUGCGGCGGGGACCAAAGCCGGCCCAGCAGGUGGCCGGCCGGCGGACGCCAUGUGGCGGCUCCGCUGCAAGGCCAAAGGCGGCACUCACGUUUUGCAGGGGCUGUCCAGCCGCACCCGCCUACGGGAACUCCAGGGCCAGAUCGCCGCGAUCACCGGGAUCGCCCCGGGCAGUCAGCGCAUCCUGGUCGGCUACCCGCCCGAGUGCCUGGAUCUCAGCGACCGGGACACCACUCUUGGGGACCUGCCCAUCCAGUCAGGUGACAUGCUGAUUGUUGAAGAAGACCAAACCAGACCAAAAGCUUCGCCUGCAUUUUCAAAAGCUGGGGCCCCUAGUUAUGUCAGGGAAACUUUGCCCGUGCUUUCCAGAACCGCAGUGCCGGCUGACAACUCUUGCCUCUUUACCAGUGUGUACUAUGUCGUUGAAGGAGGAGUCUUGAAUCCAGCCUGUGCCCCUGACAUGAGGCGUCUCAUAGCACAAAUUGUAGCAAGCGAUCCAGACUUGUACAGUGAGGCAAUACUGGGAAAAACAAACGAAGAGUAUUGUGAGUGGAUCAAAAGGGAUGAUACUUGGGGAGGAGCAAUUGAGAUAUCAAUUCUCUCUAAGUUUUAUCAGUGUGAAAUAUGUGUAGUAGAUACACAAACAGUUAGAAUUGAUCGUUUUGGGGAAGACGCGGGAUAUACCAAAAGGGUUCUGCUUAUCUACGAUGGUAUCCACUACGAUCCACUGCAGCGUAACUUCUCUGAUCCAGAUACUCCUCCUCUGACCAUUUUCUCCUCAAAUGAUGAUAUUGUCCUUGUGCAAGCAUUGGAAUUAGCUGAUGAAGCUAGAAGGAAGAGACAGUUCACUGAUGUAAACCGCUUCACGCUGAGAUGCAUGGUGUGUCAGAAGGGGCUAACUGGACAAGCAGAGGCAAGGGACCAUGCCAGGGAGACAGGCCACACCAACUUUGGAGAGGUGUGAGCCUACUUACGAGUUGGAGCCUACUACCUCACAGAUCCAGAAGGCUCUGGGUUUUCCAAUAAGCUAUUCAUCACCCUGCAGAAUAGAAGAACACAAUGCGUGGACCCAUCCUUUUAACUUAUAUCAGUAUGACUGACACUGGAAUUCCUUGUUAAGAUUAAAAUUAGUGUGCAAGUUUACAGGUGUGUGUCUACACUAGUGGCAUCCCUCUUUCUACUAGGGUGACGGAAUAGGUGGCUUGGGCCACUUCUGCUAACCUGAAGACUGGAUUCUAUUAUAAACCAGCACCCAGCGGCUUUACCUAACAGAAGAAAAC